AAAAAUCAGCCAACAGGAAGAAGACUCGGGAGAAGCAAUAUGAGAGUGUGGGCCAUGCUGUGUGGGGUCUCACUUGUUUGUAUGCUGGACCUAGGUCAGCAGAGCCUGGCUGAGGAGCCUAGCUGUGGCCCCAGAAGCUUCCAGCGUGGGACUGGCACCAAUGCACGCUGCUGCAACCUGUGUGCUCCAGACAAGGAGGCCUGUCCUGAAGGAGACUGUAUAUGUGUCAUGCCGGAGUACCACUGUGAAGACCCUCAGUGCAAGACCUGCAAACACCACCCCUGCCAACCAGGCCAGAAGGUGCAGCCUCAUGGGAAUAUUAAGUUUGGCUUCGAGUGUGUUGACUGUGCCAUGGGCACCUUCUCCGCAGGUCGUGAGGGCCACUGCAGACCUUGGGCCGACUGUGCCCAGUUUGGAUUUCUCACCAUGUUCCCCGGGAACAAGACUCACAAUGCCGUGUGCAUUCCGGAGCCACUGCCCACUGAGCAACAUGGCCAUUUGGCUGUCAUCUUCCUGGCCAUGGCUGCCUGUAUUCUCUUCCUAACCAUAGCCCAGCUCUGCCUGCAAAUAUGGCAGCUAAGGAGGCAGCACAUGUGUCCCCGAGGUCAAGACCCAGCCACUCUUGGAGGUGCAGCUACCACCAGCCGAUGAUGCUUGCAGCUUCCAGUUCCCUGAGGAGGAGCGUGGGGAGCAAAUGGAGGAAAAGAGUCAUCUGGGAGACCAGUGGCCAUGAGGGUUGUUCUUCCUCUGUACCCCAAGCCAGACCCUCUAAGACUUGCCCAGACCUACCCUUGGUGAGAGCAAGGGCUCAACUGUGCAUCUUUCCCUGGGCCUGGCCCUGCUCCCCUCGAUGGCAGAAGUGGGUUUAAGAUGUGGAUUGAUGGUCAUAAAUUACAACUGGGUGUAAAAAGAGUAGUGACUACAACUGGGCCCUCUGGCUGCCUUCCUCUUUUUCCAGCUCUGUUGGAGUAGGAUCUUUAAGCUCCGAGAGAACACUAAGUGUUCAGUACAAGACCUUGUACAAGUGCUUUUCAAUAAAUACUUGUCUAGUUAACCUGAGUGGCUGUGUUCUAGGGACAGAGAAAAACAAUGUGCCCAGGCUUGCAUUCAAGGACACUUUCUGUCAUCCUAUGCCUAUGGUCAAUUCCAGGGUAUAAAACAGAGAGGACAGUCUGGUGAAAUAUCUUAGCAGGCAAACGCUCCUGCCUCUAAGCCUGAUGACCUGAAUUUGAUCCCUGGGAGC